CGAAGCAGUCACAUGACCCGGGGAAAAUGGCUGCGUUGACUGCGGAAAACUUUGCAGCCCUCCAGAGCCUGCUGAAGGCCUCCUCGAAAGAUGUUGUCAGACAGCUAUGCCAAGAGAGCUUUUCCAGUUCAGCCCUUUGCUCGAAAAAACUCUUGGAUAUCACGUGUUCCAGCUUGUCUGUGACCCAAGAGGAGGCAGAACAACUGCUCCAGGCUCUGCACCGCCUCACCAGGCUGGCGGCGUUCCGUGACCUGGCCUCCGCCGAGGCAAUUCUGGCUCUCUUUCCUGAAAAUUUCCACCAGAACCUCAAAAACCUGCUGACAAAAAUCAUCCUGGAACACGUAUCUACUUGGAGAACUGAAGCCCAAGCAAAUCUGAUCUCUCUGCCACGCCUGGUUGACCUGGACUGGAGAGUCGACAUUAAAACCGCCUCCGACACCAUCAGCCGCAUGGCCGUCCCCACCUGCCUGCUCCAGAUGAAGAUCCAAGAAGAUCCCAGUCUGUGCGGGGACAAACCCUUUGUCUCAGCUGUCACCGUGGAGCUGAGUAAGGAAACACUGGACACUAUGCUGGACGGGCUGGGCCGCAUCCGAGACCAGCUUUCUGCCAUAGCCAACAAAUGACCCCGGCCAGCUGCCAGCCCCAGCUGCUGUCAGCAGUGGAGCGCCUCGCGACACCGGGUGGGCUGCCCCGCUGCAGCAGCUGCAGCCAACAACAGGCGGGAUGGUAGGGACGAGAGGGGCUGCCGACCAGAAGGCACAGAAGGCGCAGCUGCACUGGGAAGCAGCAGCCACGCCCCCACGCUGUUCUCACUCAUCUUCUCUGUCCUCUUUCUGGGGCUGGUGAGCAGAAGCCUCAUCUUCGAAAGGCUCCUACAUCUUUGAAAGGCUCAUACAUGUGACUUAAUUACCACAGUGGCAGACGAGGGAACCUUUGCUUCCUCCGCUGCCUUGGCUUGGCCGCUUGGAGAGCCUGCCCAAUGAGUUCCUUACCAGCAUUGGCGCAGAUUGGUUCACUCCCAGCCCUGGAGCACGUGGAGGGAAUCAGGUGGGCAACACCGGUGGCUCCCACUUCUGUCAGAGAAACUGGGCAGACCCCACAGAGCAGGGUCACUGCAGUGUGGCCCACCUGCCCUACGUCCAGAGCCUCUGCAGCUCCCUUGGCCCUGCUGGGCUGCCUCUUGGCACAGGAAGUCUGAAAGGGGGGCCAUUUCCCUUCUGCAUGAAGCCGGGGCCCCCUUCACAAAUGCAGCCACCCCAGGGUGGAGGAGGGGGGGAGGCUGAGAAUAAA